ACUGGGGAGAACAGCUCCCCGGCUGCUGGACCUGCACACGUGCCCGACAGGUGCGAAGUGGCUUGUGGCCACGUGCCGCCUGCUGUUUGGUGGCAGUGACAUCCCGUGACACGUCAGCAGGGGUAGCGCCAGCCGUGGGAUUCAGUAAAAUUGUGUGAGUGGCGCCGCUAAUGGGGGGAGAGAUGGACUUGGAAGGGGAGCUAAGACAUCUAGCAGAAGAAUGGAUUACCGCACUGGAGGAGGGAUGCAAGCAGAUGCAGACGACAGUGGGGUUGCUCAUGCAGAGGCAGCAGGAUGGGGGGGAGAUCGAUGGGGGUGCCAUCUUGAUGGAACAGUGGUUGGAAGAUAGGAUCCAGGAGCUGUUAGACAUCUUGUGGGAGCUGGAGGAUGGGCCGGAUCCCCGGCUUGAAGUCUACAUCGACUGGAGGCGGGCGGAUGAUAGGUUGGCUGCUUGUAGAGCCCUCUUCACAUUGGGGCGAGAUCUACGCAAUCCGUUGGAGUAUCGGUAUGGAUUGCUGGCAACUGAAGAUGAUUGCGGCGAAAACACAAAUAACAGAAACAACAUCAGCUACAGCGACAUCAAGGAUGGGGUUGGUGUCAAUAACAACAAUUAUGGAGGGGGCGACGUCCAAGGCGGCGCCAUGAUGUGAGUGAUGCUGUAGGUGGACGUGGAAGAUACGGGAGACAUCAACAACGUCA